UUCUGAUUCGUCCACUCUGCAAACUUAUUCCUUGAGGAGCACGCUGAGAAGACGGCAGGGAAACUGAUCCACAUAAUGCUGCAACAGUCAGGCAGUGUCAGUUCAGUUAAUGUGAAAGAGAAGUGUAUGGAGGGCUGGAUAAGGCGGAUAAACCGGGACCUGGUUACUGUGAGCUGCGCGGCUUUGCGUUUGGAGAGCGGAGCGCACGGGGCUCAGUUUGGACACUGAACGCCUCUCACGAGCGUCCUCACGGGGAAUACUCGCGCCUAGUUCACCUGUAACACACCUGCUCAUCUCAGAGCUGCUGGAUACGGCUCAUAGAUGAAAAAUACUCCGGACAGAGUCGUUCUCCGUCGGAGCCCGUCAGUCUGCGGCGCGGGGCGCAACACCGGCGACCAUGUCGGACAACUCCACUGACUACAACAACGACACGCUGCCGGCGGCUGCGGUCACACAUUAUAAUUUCCCAGCGCUGGUAUUCGGGAUUUUGUUGAUUGUGAUCGUCACCGGGGGAAACGUGCUUGUGUGCCUUAGCGUGUACUUGGAGAAGGCUUUAAAAACGACAACAAACUACUUCAUAGUCAGUUUAGCGUUUGCAGACUUGCUUCUGGCGGUGCUGGUUCUGCCGCUCUUCGUUUACGCAGAGUUUCAGGGUGGAGUUUGGUCCUUGAACAUGCUGAUGUGUGAUGGCCUGAUGACCAUGGAUGUGAUGCUGUGCACUGCAUCCAUAUUCAACCUCUGUGCCAUCAGUGUGGACAGGUUUAUUGCUGUGUCCAUCCCCCUUAAUUACAACCGUAGGCAUGUGGACCAUCGUCAGCUCAUCCUGCUGUCAGCCACCUGGUUGCUGGCCCUGGCUGUGGCUUCACCUGUCAUGUUUGGCAUCAACAACGUGCCAAACCGCGACCCCAGUGAGUGCAAACUGGAGGACAACAACUAUGUAGUUUAUUCCUCUGUCUGCUCCUUCUUCAUCCCCUGCCCCAUCAUGGUACUGCUCUACUUUGGUGUUUUCCGCGGGCUGCAGCGCUGGGAGGAGGCUCGUAAAGCCAAACUACGCAGCAGCAUCGAGGCCUGCAGAAAGCUGCAGCACGCCGCCGUUGCCACCGCCCUCCCCCCGCUGACAGGCACCAUCCCCGGGGCUCUGCCCAUGCCUCUGCCCAGGAUCAUCGAGAGGGACUUGGCCCAGUCUCGGCUGGACGAUACAGACGACUACAUUCAGGAGAUUCCUUACCCGCGGCAAUACAGAGAGAACUCAGUGCCCACGGUGACGUUCAGUCAACAGCAGCUGAGGAAGAAGAGAGCCAAGAUCAACAGCAGGGAGAGGAAAGCUAUGAAGGUGCUACCUGUCGUAGUAGGUUGCUUCCUGUUCUGCUGGACACCGUUCUUUGUGGUCCACACAACACGAGCUCUGUGUUUAAAGUGCGACAUACCUCCCCAUCUGAUGAGCACUGUCACCUGGCUGGGCUACGUCAACAGUGCUCUCAACCCCAUCAUCUACACCAUCUUCAACACAGAGUUCAAGAAAUUCUUCAAGAAAUGUUUUCGCAGCUGCUGCUGA